GGUUCGUUUUCUCCUUACGUUGAUGGCGAAGAGUAGGUAAAAGGACCCGAUGUAACUGGACAGUCCUAAAAGUCACGCUGUUUAAAUGCCUCGGCGAUAAGGCUUAUCUUAUCAGCGCCAAGAAACGAAGGGCAUCUCGUUGCGAAGAGACCCGCAACGAUUAACUUUUUUUUUUUUAUCAAUAUGUUAUAAAAUCAAUGGAAAUCACCAAUGGAUAUCAAUGGAAAUUUUCGAUUGCGUAGUUCGUCGUGUCAUAUUUCGGUUUUGAUUCAGACCGUCCGUAGUGCUGUGUGACGGGACACUUCACCAGGCCGCAUUUACGUAACUCGGUUAGAGAUGAGGCGAAUCACGUCCAGUUGAUGCCCGGCGUUCGUCGGGAGGACACACACCGUCCGACCCAGGCUGUGUUGACACCUCUGCCGCCUCCUUCUAGAGACCGCGAAUCAACUAGGAUCGGCGAACGAGACAAGAGAACAGAGGGGGAUGCUCAAAUUACGAGAGAAACCACCGUCCCCGUGAACCAAUUAAGUGUCUGUGACGUGUUUAAGUGUGUACGAAGGGAAGGGAGAGGAUGUCGCGGUUCAAUGCAAUGCUGGUGACGUUCCUGCUGGUGGAGGCGGUCGUCCCAGCUGCCAGGGCUCUGUACCUCGACGUCUCCCACUCCGGCGUGUGGAAAUUACCCGAAGACACUCCCCACGACCUGCAGUUCGCCCUCCGCUUCAACGCCAGCGACCUCCUCCCUCACGUCCCUCCCGAGGCCUUACUGGAAGUCACCGUUGUACCUGACGAAGCGUGGAAGCUGAGUUUUGUGAACGACACUGUUUUGUUCACGGCCGAGGAGGUGCUCAGAGGCAUGAACAAGAGCGUCACGUUCACCGGGUACUACUGGGGCACCACGGAGCUCACCUUCUACCUGACCCGGAAUGACCUUGACCCGGAUUUCGACGACCCAGUCCUCCUGAGUGAAGAUGACCUCGCGAUCACAAUCGACCGAAAAUCCUUAAUUGUCGACACCAUCUUCAUCGCCGUCGGCUCCUUCUUCGUCCUGAUCAACAACAUCAACAUGGGAGCUCAACUUGACAUCAACAUCAUCAAGAGUGUGUUGAGACGUCCCCUCGGGCCAGCUUGCGGUUUCGUGUCCCAGUUCCUGUGCAUGCCGACGCUGACAUUCGCCAUGGGAAAGCUGUUCUUCGGCGACCCUCUGCACCGCCUGGGCCUCUUCACCUUAGGCUGCUCCCCCGGGGGUACCUCAUCGAACUUCUGGACUCUCAUUUUCAACGGAGACAUCAAUCUGUCAAUCACCAUGACCAUUAUCUCCACCAUCGCUGCAAUGGGUAUGAUGCCCAUGUGGAUGUUCACUUUGGGGUCGAGUUUGUUGGAGGAAAACGCCAACAUCCAGAUUCCCUUCGUCAACCUGGCCAUCUCCCUCUUCACCCUCACUGUUCCCGUUUGCCUUGGAAUUGUCUUAAGGAUGAAACGACCCGCCUGGGCUGAGAAGGGGAAGAGAAUCAUCAAGCCUUUUUCAUUCUUCAUCCUCAUCUUCUUCAUGGUGGUAGGUACUUACAACUCCUAUAAGGUGUUGUUGAUGAUGACGUGGCAGAUGGUCGUCGCCGGCUUUCUCGUGGUCCUCUGUGGAUACACCUUGGGUGCCAUUUUUGCCAGGGUCGUGUGCCUUACCGGAGACAAGGUCAUCGCCAUAAGCAUCGAGACGGCGCUGCAGAAUCCUGGAGUGGCAUUUAUCCUUCUCAAACUGUCCCUCGAAAGCCCGUACAGUGACCUAGCAGCUGUACCCAUCAUCGCAACGCUGUUCGUGUCUGGGCCGCCCCUCAUCCUCGUAUACCUGUGUUACUUGCUCGCCCGUCGCUGCUGUGGCUGCUGCCCGUCUGCCCAGGGCGCAGACGGGCAGACGGGCAGCAGCGCGGAAAUCGGGAACAAGGAACCUGGAGAGGCGAUGAAGUUCCUGCCCGACGCCGAAGGAGGGACGCUCAAGGGCAGGGAGGAAUGAGCAGGAGGGAAAAGGGGAAGGUAGAGGAGGCGGGAAGGGAGUGUGUGUGUGUGUGUGUGUGUGUGUGUGUGUGUGUGUGUGUGUGUGUGUGUGUGUGUGUGUGUGUGUGUGUGUGUGUGUGUGCGUGUGUGUAUGUGUAUGUACAUGAACCCAAACACAGUAACGUGUACACAAAGAUGAAUAGAAAAACAGCCACCUUCAUCGUAACGUUUCAAACACGUCAAGAGUUUAUUGACGUCAAGCUUAUUGCACGUCUUAGUGUCCUUAUUGCAAAUACAAAUCAUUUCUGACUACAUUUUGUAUCGCAGUAUGUAUGCUCAGUGAAAUUAUACUUAUAAAUAUUUCAUUCUUGUGUAUACAACUAUUCAUCAUAAUUAUAGUUUGAAAAUCAUCAUGUAUAUGUAUAUUUGAAGCUAAUUUGUACAUUUUGCGCUCAAUAAAGCUAUAUUAAUGAUAA